CAGUAGAAUGAUUUCUAAUUUCUGUAAAUGAGAAAACUGUUCCCUAAUAAAAUAAUUUGAUCCGAUUUCAGAGUAUCAAGAAGUAGCAUGAAAAAGAAGAGGAUAGCAGUAUAAAGUUAAAGGAAACUCCAACGCAUUUUUUGUUAAAGAGAAAUCUUCUAAAUUUUAAAGAAAUUAUUGCAGUGAGUAAAAUGUCUCUUAAAAUUUUAUUUGACUCCAGUUUUCUCGUUACGAGUAGCAAUGUUCUUAUGUUUUGAGAAAUAAUCACAAGUAGAGCCUACUAUGAAAUUGGAACUGCGUGUGACACAGUACUGUCGCGGCGACGGACAAUACUGAGAUGUGCCGGAGGCGUGAUGAUACGAAAUGUUCAAGUAAGUGAGGCACUCACAACAACAUCCCUCGAAUGUUUGUUGUACAAUGUGCGGCGGCAGAUAUUUGUCAAUGAAAGAUAUGCGUUAAACAAUGGCGUGGAAUAUUUGGCGAGUGAUGUGCCGUGUUGUGAUACCUACCGCGUCCGUCCGCUGUUUACUAAACACACGCCGUAUUGUUUCAUUAUUUUCAUAAUUAUUGGUCCCCCUACUAACUGUGGAACCCUUUGCGACUGCUAUUCGACAAUUUAUAUAUUCCCGUUUUUCCUUUCAGCUUUCACGAAAGUAAGAAAAUUUAUUUGGCCGCCUGUGUCAAGGUAGAUGAUAACCAUUAAAUUGUCGAGUAGACAAUCGCUAGUGUCGUUGUCGCGUGGUAGCGGUGGCGAGAGAUGCGGCGGCGCAUAUAUCGCUCGGCGGAGAGCUACACGCGCGAGUACUCCUGCAAGCGCUGCGCGGGCUGCCACUGGCUGAUGUGCUGCUUCACGUGCCGCUGCGCUUGCCACCGGACCGUCACAUGACUUGCUCUCGUGCGCUGGCGCUGCUCGCGCUCGUCGCUCUCACGCAACAGGCAACAACAGUAUGCAAGAAUUGUAUAAUGCUGGGUAAGGAGGAGAAGGCGAUGUUCCGCGCGCACUCGGCGGCGUGCGCGGAGCAGUCGCGCGUGGCGCCGCGGCAGCUGGACGCGCUGCUGGCGGGCCGCCUGCACGACUCGCCCGCGCUGCGCCGCCACGUCUACUGCGUGCUGCUCAAGUGCAAGCUGGUCGGCAAGGACGGCAAGCUGCACAAGGCCGCCGUGCUCGGCAAGAUCGCCGCCAGGCCUGAUGCUAAGAACGCUACCAAGGUCCUGGAGAGCUGCGCAGACCAGGCGGGCGACUCGCCCGAGGACCUGGCGUGGAACCUGUUCCGCUGCGGCUACGACAAGAAGGCGCUGCUCUUCGACUACAUGCCCACCAACGUGGCGGCCGACGUCGACAACACCUCCUAGUGCGCUCGCACACACACAGAUGGCGCUGUUCAUCAUUUUACUUAGUCAUAUAUUUAAUUCGGAGAUAGCCCUAUAAACAUAGUUUUCAUCUUAAGAAAUUAUUCUUGUAUUUACCUUCGAACCAUGUUUUCAAAACAUUUUCGUUAUAUCUUUUAUUAUGCCGUUGCUACGUUUCCCAUUACAUAUAUAUUUACUAACCCAA